AUGCCUAUCAAACUACCAAAGAGCUUCAACCGGCGCAAGUCGUCUGGUAAUGUGUUGGAAGACGUGGAAGCCCCUCAAUCCUCCUUUCGAGUUUUCGAGCGACCCGGUCCUCAAAGGUCCAUGACAGACGGAGCGCCCUUGACCAAGCGUUUCAGCGAAGGCAAUGCGGUGCCGUCGAUGCUGGAAGACGACAACAUGUUUGCCGAGGAGCGACCCCUGGACAAACAUCGUGGUAACUACGAAAGUUCUACGUCAACCAGAUUAAGCUCGUCGUCCACCUUGCCGUCAUCUACAGAGGUCCCUCCGCCCGACGAGACCCAAUCCCCGCAUUCGAGAAUCCAUGAUAUCCCCGAUCCAUCCCCGCUCUCUGGUGCCCUGCGUGCCGCUGGGAGGACCUUCUCCUUCGGCGGUCGCUUCUCGAAGUCGUCUGCGCCCGUUGUUCCUCGACAGGGAACCCCAGAUGCCGCCAAGACCCGCCCGGUGACUGGCAGCACCGACAGCACAGCGACACCACCCAAGCUGCCCGAUACAAACUUCACCCUUGGCUCCAGCGAUGAUUUCAAUAAGAUGUUCGACAACAUGAGUUCGCGACAGAGUGUAAUGCGGGAUUCUUCGCCUCAGCCGGGAAAAUACUCCUCGCCUCCCCCGACCCAUGCCCUUCCCGGUUUCCAGUCUAGCAGAGCUGGUGCGCCCUCGGCGAUUAACACAGAUCGAUCUUCUGUCAUCGAGUCGCCUCCCUACUCCUGGGAUCGUGGCCACCGUAGCCGCCCAUCCGAACAGGGCCUGCUACACGACACGGAUGCGUACUCCGAAAACCACAGCCAGUCUACCCUCGACACAGUGACCGCUUUGCGACGACCAAGCCCAUCGCCGAAUCUCGUAUCCGAGGCUACCACUUCCCAUCGUUCCCUGGAUCGGCCUAGCAGGGGAAAGUCCGACAGGGGGUUGUUGCGGCGGAGUGGUGUAUACUCACCGCAGCGGGAAUCCGGAGCCUUUGACGACGAAGAUGCGAAGAUGGUCCGGCAAUCUCUCAUGUGGAGCAAGGAAGGCUCUGCAGAGUGGGCCGAUGCUCCCAGCUCCGGUGGAACCGCAGCUGUGGACAAGGGCAAGGGAGUCGCUUAUUCUCAGCACUUGAGCCCCGAACCCGAUAAUAUGUUCCAGUACCGUCGUUCGCCUGCACCUGCCGACCCUGUGGAUAGCUCGAUUGCUGACAAUGCACGAUUGGCCGUGCAAUUCGCCGAAAGCAUGCCCAAGUCCGCUUCUCCUGGUAACAAGGUGAUGACUCCGUCUCAAUUUGAACACUAUCGCCAACAGCAAGAGCUCCGACGGUCCAAUAGCAAUGCUACUAAGAGCGACGAGGAAUCAGAUCAUGACGACUUUGACGAUGAGGAGGAUGAGGUGGAGAAGCAGCGUGAGACGGAACGGCAACGAAGGAAGCAGGAGGCUCAUCUCUCUGUUUAUCGCCAGCAGAUGAUGAAGAUCACUGGUCAACAAGCACCCGCGCAAUCUCUGCACCCAAUGAUGAGCGGAGGUAGUAGCAGUACACCCAAUCUGCUUCCAAGUCGUCUCUCCGCCCAGGGCGACAAAUCUACUAGCGGAAAAAGCAGCGAAGAGGAGGACGAUGAUGUGCCAUUAGGCAUUUUGGCAGCGCAUGGAUUUCCCCAUCGCAAUCGCCCGCCUACUCAUCUGAACAAUGCCAGCUCUAACCCCAACCUUCGUGCGUCCAUGGCCCCACCGUACAUCGCGAGUUCCAGCUCGACGACAGGAGCCCAAGGUGAUGGCAACCGGGGAAGUCUGCCUGUUUUCGCCAGGAAUUUGCCGCAGGACCCCUACUUUGGCGCAGGUAUUCACAAUGGUCCCAACCGUGAAUCGCUGGCUAUGGGAGGUGGUGGCAGUGGAGGUUCUGUAUACGGAGGGUCUACUUCUCACCAGAUGCAGAUGCAUCCCAGUCAGAACCAGAUGCCUCCUCCUGGAGGCCUUGUUGGGGUGAUUGCGAACGAGGAACGGGCGCGGGCGAUUCGUAGGGGUAGCCCGAACACACAGGCAAUGCACGAGAUGGGUGCUGUGCCACGGCCAUAUUCGAUGAUGCCUCAGCAACAAAACAACGUCACUGCCGGUGAACAGGCCUCAAUUCAGCUGUCACAGCAAAUGGGCCACAUGAUGCAGAUGCAGAUGCAAUGGAUGCAGCAAAUGAUGCACAUGCAAGGCGGACAAGGUCAACCCAUGAUGCAGGGCGGUAUGCCUAUGCCGCCAAUGAUGAUGCCUGGAAUGCCUGGGAUGCCCAUGGGCUCACCUUCUAUGACUGGCCCUCCUUCUAUGACCGGUGUCAACCCAAAUUUGAGACCGAUGUCUAUGCCUGCAAGUUCUGCUCUUGGCGGGCCGCCUCCUAACAUCGACCAACGCACAUUGAGCAUGCUGGACCCGAACAUCUCCGCUCGCCGCACUGGUUCCCCUAUGCCGAAUCUAUCUGGCACUCCCUUCCGUCCCAGCACUGGAUACGCUGCUUCCAUUGCUCCAUCGGAACGUAGCAAUGCCGGCAUGGCAUCUCGCUACCGCCCGGUGUCAGUCAUGCAACCUGAACCAUCCAACCCAGGUGUCUCUCCCAUGAGCAAGCCCUGGAGCGAUGAAAACCACAACCCCUCCCUGCCCAUGUCGCAAUCACACCCUAACCUGCCGAAAUCCUCCCUCGCAACUGUUACAGUGCGACCAGUCUCACGGAACAGCCCACCCGGCAACGGCAAGGCCGGAUCCGACGAAGACGAGGAUGACGACGAGGCAUGGGCCGACAUGAUGAAGAAACGCGACAAAAAGAAGAGCAGCUGGAAGCUGAAGCGGGGAACUUCUGGAUUCGGUGACCUACUGAGUGCCGUACACUAA